CAGCAAACUUCAAGCAUGGCUAAAUUGUUCUGAAACUCGUCUAAGAAAUUAUCCGCCUGCAGCGCUCUCUGCAGCGCAUUCGUUCUUUUUGAUCGAAAUUUGUCAGAAUUUCCACAUUGAACCAGACCUCCCUAGCAAGAUGAAUCCCGAAAAGUUGAAGAAACUGCAACAGGAAGUCCGCAUUGGCGGCAAGGGCAUGCCCCGCCGGAAGAAGAAGAUCGUCCACACAAACUCCGCCGUCGAUGAUAAAAAGCUGCAGCUGUCGCUGAAAAAGCUUGGCGUGAAUACUAUUCCCGGAAUUGAAGAGGUCAACAUGAUCAAAAACGAUGGAACGGUGAUCCACUUCAACAAUCCGAAGACCCAGGCGUCGCUGGCGACGAACACCUUCGCCAUCACGGGACACAGCGAAACGAAACAGAUCACGGAUAUGUUGCCGAGCAUUCUCUCCCAGCUGGGACCGGAAGGACUGAACCAGCUGAAGAAGCUGGCUAGCGCCGCUGUGGCCGAGGAGGACGACGAUGUACCAGAGCUGACCGAAAACUUCGAGGAAGCAUCCAAGAAGGAGGUCGAAAACAUUACUCAAAAGGUACAGGAGAUUCCUGUCUCAUAAAGUGCUUCUCAGUCAUCCUCCCCUUCUGGUACUUCUCUUUGAUAUUGCUACAGUGCGCGUUUCUUCUUCUUUGCUCACUGCAUUUUGUGGGUAGUUGGGAAACAGAAAAAUGAAAAUUGUUUCUCGCUAGUCUAGUUGGUUUUCAUGCAAACAAUUGCGGUACAAUAAAUCCCUAUUUAAAAUUUA